GGCCGCUUCUUCUCGGGAGGUGGCAGUCGCGGGCGCUGCUGAGGGAGCAGCCAGCCAGCCAGCCAGCCAGGCGGCAUCGCCACAAGCGCCCGCGCCCGCCGAGGAGUGGAGAUCGCAGCCUCCCAUCCCACUCCGACCCACAUGGCUUGCUACCUGGUCAUCAGUUCGAGGCAUCUCAGCAAUGGGCACUGCCGGGGCAUUAAAGGCGUCUUCAGGGGCCCCCUCUGCAAGAACGGAUCUCCUUCUCCGGAUUUUCCAGAAAAAGAAAGAUCUACAGCAAAAGCCCUGGAAGAUGUCAAGGCAAAUUUUUACUGUGAACUAUGUGAUAAGCAGUACCAUAAGCAUCAAGAGUUUGAUAAUCAUAUUAAUUCUUAUGAUCAUGCCCAUAAACAGAGACUUAAAGAAUUAAAGCAAAGGGAGUUUGCUCGGAAUGUAGCUUCCAAGUCAUGGAAAGAUGAGAAAAAACAAGAAAAGGCACUGAAACGACUUCAUCGACUGGCAGAAUUAAGGCAACAGUCUGAAUGUGUUUCUGGAAGUGGACCUUCAUACAAAGCCCCCAGGGUAGCACUAGAAAAACAACUUCAACAAGGAAUCUACCCAGUUAAAAAUGGCAGAAAGAAAUCCUGCAUGAAGAGUACUCUUCAAGGGAAAAAUCUCUCCAGGUGCAUCUCCAAUAAACAGAGGACCACUAUGCCAAAUCGACACGAGUUACAAAAAGAUAGGCAUUAUUUGUUUGAAAACCAAGUACAACAAACAUCUUCAGAUUUUAGCAAUGCAAAUCACAGGACAGGUGUGUCAUUUUCUUUUUCCAAAAAAGUACAUCUAAAAUUAGAAUCUUCAGCAUCCGUAUUCAGUGAGAAUCCAGAAGAAACUUAUGAUUGUAACAAGUCACCCAUGUAUAAAACUAAACAAACUGCAGAGAAAUGCAAGUGCUGCAGGUUUGCAAAUGAGAAUACACACUUCACUAAAGAAAAAGAUAUAAACAACUCACCAAGCCAUCUGGAAAGUGUUUUACACAAUACCUUCACCAUAAGCUCUCAAAUUCUGCAAGACAAAAAUGACUCUACUGAUGAAACAUCAUUGGAAGAUUCUCUUGGCAUUCAUGCUUCAUUCUCUAAAUCAAACAUUCAUCUUUCAGAUGUGGAUUUUACUCCUUCCAGAAAAGAAAAAGAAACUAGAAAUACAUUGAAGAAUACUUCAGAAAAGGACAUUAAUUACUCAUGCCAAGUAAAAGCUUCCUCCAUCCCACCAAACAUUUAUAAGCACAAUGAUGCCAAUAUAUUUGAAUGUCUGGAUGAAUUUCCAUCACCAGAGCCAAGUGAACAAAACAGUAUGGUGCAUCUGAAUUUGAAAUGUAGAGUGAAUAAUAGAGAAAAAUCUUUGGAUGAAACAGAUAGAGUUAGCAAAAAUGCUCCAAGGAUUGUAAGGGAAACAUUUCCCCAUGAUGUGAAAUUUAAACCAUUGCCUUUUCUCAAUGUACAAAGCAAGGAUGGCCAUACCACUCUCCAAUGGCCUACAGAACUUCUGCUUUUUACAAAAACUGAGCCCUGUAUCUCUUAUGGCUGCAAUCCAUUGUAUUUUGAUUUUAAGCUUUCUCGGAACACAAAGGAUAGACGAAAUCCAGAGGACUUAAAAACAGAAGUGACUAAAGAUCCCUUGAAUCUGAAGACAAGAGAGAGCAAAGUCUCAGGUUUAAUCAAAGACCAACAGAAAUUGAUCCAAAAAGAUAAUCAGUUUCUGAAACCAAAGAUAAUGAUAGAUCAUCCAGAUUGGGAAAAUUUCCAGAGAAAAUAUAAUUUAGGUUGCAAUGAUUCUGAGUUGAAUAUGAGUAAACAUCGUUUUAAUGCAUGUGAUUUGGAAACAAAAAGUCCUGAAGUGCCUGCUUACCUUGAUAUCUCUCUAAAGAAUUGUGUGGAAAACAAUAAUAACAGUGAUGAUGAAUUUCAGAAGCCUGCCAGGAACCACUGGCAAAGCUGCCAGAGAGUAGUUAUAAAUGAUACAAAUGAAGGCCUGUCAUUUUCUCCUUACAUCUCUAGAACUAAAAAGCAUAAACUUGUUUCCUAUAAUCCUAAUUCGGAUUUUGAAGAUAGAGCUCAAUUAACCUGGAAUUCUAGUCUUUAUACACUGGAAAGUCACAGUAAUCAUAAGAAAGACUUCAGUGUAAUUUUGCAUAGUAAUCACAUUGAUAUGUCCAACACAGCCUCUGAAUGUGACAAUCAGAGUUACAAUGGCAUUUCCAAGUUGACUUCAAACAGUAAAUCUCGUCAUUCAGACACAAUCUCUAGGAGCACAUCCAGCUUACAAAGUCCUUGCUCUGAUCACAAGUCCAGUGAUGAUGAUGACAGUAAUUUUCUCUACUUUUCUAGGGAAGAAUAUAACUCAAUUGAGCAGCACACAGGGAAACUCCAAAAGCACAAUUGUUUCUACUUGUCUAAGGAGAGAGCAAAAGGUGACUGCUUGCAGAUUGAAAGACAGAGAGAAAGAAACUGCAAGUUAUGGUCAUCGUUUAAAAAUGAAAAAUGUUCAAAAUAUAGAUAUGGGCACUGCAGAGAAAGAAACAAAUUAGGCAAGAUUCAACAGUUUUCAGGUCCUAAAUCCAGGAGAAUUUCCUAUUAUGAUACUAACACACAGGUUACUUGUGUUGGCAACAGUAAAAAAACACUAAAUUCCCAGGGACCUCAGCACAAUGGAUUAAGCUCAAGAGAAAGAAUUUAUUAUUCAAACGAAAGCAAAAGUAGGCAAGAGUGUUUGGACAGCUCUCACGUUUGUGAUCUGCAAAAUGUAAAAUCCAUUAAGUGUAACUCUGGUAAUAUUAGUUGCCUUCUUAGGAACUGUUCCAGUAGCCCUUCAGAAGUAACAGAGUUGACCAUUACAAAAGAAGAGAGAGCCCCCCUGACAGCCAGAAAUCUUCUAGAAAGAAUAAAAGCCAAGAAGUUUCAGAGACAAUCAACUAAUUUUGAGGUCUCAGAAAACAGUUGUAAAAAUGAAUCAGCAGCAUAUUCACAAAUUCAAGGUACAGUUCAAUAUACAUCACCGGGUUGUAAUAGAUCAGCACUGUUAUUGUCUGAUCAGAUACAGAACUGGUGUAAAAGGCACGAUAAAAGCAGAGCAAAUAAAAGAACUAUUGAAGAUGAUAAAGGCAAAAGCUCAAAGACAAAUAAUUUUACUGUUUUAGCAGACACUGGUUGUGAUAACCAUCUUUUUAAAGGUGUGAUUCACAUUGGAUCAGAGUCUCAGCCACAGAACAUGAACAUGAAAAAGAACCCAACAACAAAAGAACACACAAGACCUCUACUUAGUGAAGUUCAACCAUUUAUUCAAAACUGUGAUCCAGUAUUAAAUAAUAUAACUGGUGCUUUCCCUUCUAAUAGACACACUGGUGUGACUGAUUCAACAGAGACCAAAGAAAAUCAAAUAAAUUUAGAUUUACAGGAUGUAAGUAUGCAUUUGAAUUAUGUAGAAGGGAAUAUAAACCCUUACCAGGACAGAACUAUGCAAAGGCACAACAAUGUAGAAGAUGAAUUAGACGUAUGUCAUAAAUCUCUUUCCCCUCCUUUAAUUCAACAGCCAAUAACAUUUUCUCCUGAUGAAAUAGAUAAAUAUAAGCUCCUACAGCUACAAGCUCAGCAGCACAUGCAGAAACAGCUCCUAUCAAAAAAUCUCCGAGUUUUGUCUAAUGCAGGGCCAACUACCUUUUCUCCAGCCUCAGCUGUUCAGACAGUUCCAGUUCAUCACCAUACUUCUAUCACCACCAUCCACCACACUUUCCUGCAGCAUUUUGCUGUUUCUGCUUCCAUAAAUGCCCAUAGCAAUCACCUCCCAAUAGCUCAGUUACAUCCUCUUUCACAGCCCCAUUUUACCCCAUUUCCAUUUUCACCCCUGACUCCAACCAUCCUCCCUACCCACCCAACUUUUGUAGCUGGUCACCCCCUACAUUUGGUUACUACUACUCCCUUCCAUCCACCUCAUAUUACACUUCAACCAUUGCCUCCUGCAGCUAUUCUCCCUGCCUUGUUUGGCCCUCAUUUAAACCCAGCCACAACUUCUAUCAUCCAUCUAAACCCUUUAAUUCAACCCAUCUUUCAAGGUCAGGAUAUUUGCCAUCAUUCUUGUUACAGUCAAAUGCAACAGUUAAAUGGAGUAAAAGAGGCCUUAAAUGUGUCAGCACAUUUGAACUAAUAAAUAUUAGAGCCCCUUUGUGGCUAA